AUGGCUUUCGAGGGCCUUGCUGCUCUUGGCGUUGCGAGCAAUACAGUCCAAUUCAUGGAUUCUGGCUGCCGGCUAGUAUCCCAAAACCAAGAAUUGUACAUGUCUUCCAAUGGUCUAGCAGAUGAAAGUGUGGAGCUCGAGAGCAUCACCCAGUCUCUUGGCCGCUUGAGUAACGAUCUGAUGAUGCUUGAUGUCAUAUUGGAAGAUAUCCUACCUCUUGGGCCUGCAAAGGCGCUUGAGAAAUAUUGUGGCCAAGUCGACGUCAUGCUGAGAGCCAAAGACUGCAAGAAGAUAGCAGAUGAGCUCUUAGAUGCCUUGGAUCAGCUCAAAAUCAGAGAUCCCAGGAAAAGGUGGCAGUGUUUUCAAGUCAGCCUGAAAAAGAUAUGGAAGCCCGAGAUAAUUGACGGCAUGGCAAGGAAAAUAGAACGUUUCACUAGCCAACUGACUAUAUGUUUGGUCAAAAUCCUCAAUUAUUGCAAAUACACUCCAAUUCACCGAACCCCCACUACCAGGUAA